AUGGAUCCGAGUUGCAAAUCUGUUAAGAACGACGAUAUUGUCAUCAUCGUUGAGAACGAGGCGGAGAGUUUACCACUCGGGGAAGAGAAGCCCAAGCCCCAAAGCGCCAUGGGGUUGAUGGACACAUGUCCCGUUUGUAAAUUGAGCUUUCACAACCGAGAGCCCAAAUUGCUGCCUUGUCUCCACUCGUUUUGCAAGAGAUGUCUGCCUGCACCGUUCAGGGGCGUCGAACCAAGAAGGGAUCAGUCUCUAAACCCUCUCGGACAAGUGGACAACAACAAGCAACUGGGUACCAUCCGCUGUCCAGUAUGCCAAAACGAAUGUUGGGAAAUGGACAUGUUGGAUAAUUUUUUUGUCAAGGACUCUGCAGAGGUGCCGAGCAGCACCAUGGAAAAAAACAGCCAGGUAUGUAUGAGCUGUGACGACAACACGGAAGCAACAGGCUACUGUUUGGAAUGCGUGGAAUUCUUAUGCGUGACCUGCAUCGAGGCGCACCAGAGGGUGAAGUUCACCCGAGAUCACACCAUACGGCAGAAGAAGGAAAUGUCACCAGAAGCAGUAGCUGUUUCCUCGCAGAAGCCCGUGUUUUGCGACAUCCACAAGCAGGAGCCGCUGAAGCUUUUUUGCGAGACGUGCGAUCGCCUCACGUGCCGUGACUGUCAGUUGCUCAAACACAAGGAUCACAAUUACCAGUUUUUAGAGGACGCGUACAGGCAUCACAGGCAAUAUCUGGAGAACAUGACGCUGAAGUUGCAAGACAAAAGAAAGGCCAUCGAGGAGAUCUCGUCCUCGAUAAGCAACGGACUGCAGCAAGUUGAAGAAAACCGAAAGUCUGUCACAAAUGAAAUCAAGAAGGCCAUCUGCAACCUGAUUAUGGAGAUCAACAGGAAGGGAAAAGUUCUAGCCAACCAGCUCGAGUCACUUACUAAAGACCACGAGCUAGUUCUGAAAAAGCAGCAGGAUGAAAUCAAUGUACUCCGUCGGCAACUGGACCACGUGAUUAAUUUCACGACGUGGGCCACGGCCAACCACAGUGGAACGGCGUUGCUUUACUGCAAGAGACUUAUUCUAUUUCAGAUCCACUAUCUAAUGGGCGCCAGAUGCAAUUCCUCAAUCAUUCCUCAGAGUUCUGUCCGCUUCCAGUGUCGCUCCGGUUUCUGGGCUACAAACGUCGAUCUCGGUUCUCUCGUGGUUGAAAGAAGCUCGGUCCAGCCGCCCGUGCCCAUCCAACAGGCAGGUCCGCGAGGGGAGGCGGCAACCGGGGCGCUGUUAUCCUCUCAGCAGCGCCAAAGCACGCUAGCCCAGCUGCAAAUGCAGGUUGAAAAAAUUUCCCAGCAGCCCCACAGGCAAGCCGCGUCCAACCACUGGCCGUGGUACCAGAAUCCGCGACAUCCAGGACCGCACGGCCCUCCGCCGCCGACCAGACCCAUUCAGGGAGGCUCCUCCCCUUCGCAGAGCAUCAGCGGCUUGACGCAGAUGGGACGACGAUACGGGAGCGCCCACGCUGCCACCAGGAGUCCCAAUUCGUCGUCGUUGCUGCAGAACGCUGGGUUCCCAUCUCCUCAGGGCACUUUCCGCUACCCACAUCCUAUGCCGCCUGCAGGGGGUGCACAAGUACCACCUAACCAGCGAAACCUGGCAGAACUUUCCUAUCUGAAGAGGAGUGAAGCUGGCGUUCCCCCACAAACUCUUAACAUUGCCCUCACCAGAGCUAACUUCCCCGCAACGACACCAGACAAGCUAGUUCAAGGAAGGAACAACUCGCCCAUGGUUAAGCCAUCAUCUUCUGAACGAUGCGGAGGGCCAGCGACCUGGAAGCCGAAUACCGAAAUGUCGUCCGCUCCCGUGGCCAAGCGACGAAAACGAUCGUCCCCCGGGCCCGUUAUCGUCAUCAAGGACGAACCGGAGGAUGAAGACGAAGUUCGUUUUGUGCAGUCCAGUCUUCCAGAUAGCAGCACGGGGGCAUGUCCCACGCUCCAGCUCAAAAUCGGCGCCCCUUACUCCACCCAGCAGGCGACGGAUCCCCGCCCUCAGCCGGGAAUGCAGCCCGGCUCCGGAGGCAAAGUUCCGGCGGAGGAUGACCCCAACGAAGACUGGUGCGCUGUUUGCCAGAAUGGCGGAGAACUACUGUGCUGCGACAAGUGUCCCAAAGUUUUCCAUCUGUCCUGCCACAUUCCUGUACUCAAUGAGUCCCCGAGUGGCGAGUGGUUUUGCUCCUUCUGCCGAGACCUGGUCUCACCGGAAAUGCUGUACGAGUGCGACAACAAUGACAUGCAGGGUCCUGAAAGACUACCACCUGUUGACCAACGGACAUGUGAGCGGUUGCUUCUACUUCUCUUCUGUAGUGACUUCAGCGCUCACUUCCAGCAUGCAUCGGAGUCCAAGAGAUAUAAAGAGGUGAUUGUGAAUCCAGUGGAUUUAUCUCUAGUCAAGAAGAAGCUGGAGUGGAAGGCACGCGACGAGGAACGUUACAGCACUCCCGAAGAGUUUGUCGCAGAUGUGAGGCUUAUAUUCAUGAAUUGUGCCAAGUACUAUAAGGCGAACACAGGAGUGGGCAGUGCCGGCUUGUACUUGGAGGACUACUUUGAGGAGCAGCUGAAGAUGCUGUACCCUGACAAGACUUUCCCUGGAGGAAGGGAAGAAGGGAUGAUCCCACCACUGGAGGACGAGAUCGACGAUGAAGAGGAGCAGAAGUGUCAGGACAAAGAGGCUAGUCCGCCCGAGAACGCCAUCCCACCUGCGGAGGAAGCUGCAGACGACAAUUUAAAAACUAAAGAGCAGACUACCGGCAUAAGCGGAAUAGGAACGCAGACAAAAGUCGCUGCCGGGGAUGAAAAAGAGCAACUUUCCAAGGAAAAUGUCAAGCAAGAUGAUAAAGCGGAAGUGAAACCCUUCGUUCCCGCGGUCGAGGAACCAAUCAGCUCUCCGAAAGAAUUAAGCAACGCCCUUGCUAGCGAACAGACUUCCAACCAGACAUCUGAUGUAACAGAAAACCAGGAACGCACACAAGAAAAUGUCCCUGCUGAAGAACAAGCAGAAGGCGAGACGGUUCGUCUUCAUACGGAAGCAUAG